AUGUCUGAUUCUGCAAAAUCCACUCCAAUUAAUGACGAAGCUACUCGAUCUCAGUCCGCUAUGGGUAUGGAUUCUCUUGUUGUUAACGCCAUUCCCCUUUCAAGUAUACCACCUAUAAGUCCUACUAAAAAGGUGAAGAAAACAUCGAAGAAGGAGAAGACAUCGCAAGUGAGCCUCAACUCUUCAUCUCCCUCUGCUUCGAUUAAGAAAACGAAGAAGAAAAGCAAGAAAUCAAAAACUGAAUCGAGGAGGAAUUUUACAAUGUCUGAACUACAUGUUGAUCCACUUCCAUCGAGUGGUGUUGCUACUCCUGUCAUUAAUCCUGCAGAAGAAAAUGUCGACGCAUCUGGUAAGAAUCCUCUCAAUCUAGGCCUUGAUGUUUCCAAUUCUGUUGAAACCCUAGAUGUAGAGAACCCUGCUGUGUCUGAAAAUUUGGGGAAAAGUGUUCCUAAUCCCCCUAUUACUGUUGAUGCUAAUAUUGGUGCUUCCAUUGAGACCAAUGAUGAUGUUGCUGCUGAGUCUCUCAAGAAAACAGGUCAUGAGACUCAUGCUGCGUCAAGUGUUGUGACACCUGACGCUGAGCCAAAUGUUGUGUCAGAUGUUACCACAUCUUUGGCACCAGAAAAUCUUGUGGACUACUCUGAGUCUGAUGAGAGUCUCAAACAUAAGUCUGCUGAUGAAGAGAUUGCUGUUGAUAAGGAUGUUAAUGAAAAUCCUGAUGUUGUAAUUGUAAAUGAAACAACUGUUAGUGAUAAGUCUGUUCCAAUAAAUUCUGAGGCUAGUGUGGCUAGAAGGACUAGAAGCAGGGCUGGUAAAGGUGUGGCACCUAGAACUGAGGAGAAGGGAAAAGCUAAGAAAAGGAAAGCUCCACCAACUAGUGACUCUGAGUUUGAGCCAGAGACAGAUGUUGCUGCAUCUGGCAGCACAUCCAGGAAAAGUAUAGGAAGAAAGAAAGUUCCUCAAUUUGUUCCCUACGCUCCUUUGGAUAAUGUGUCAUUCCAUCUGGAGAAUGGGUUUGCUAGAUGGAAGUUUGUGUAUCACAGGAGGUUGGCUCUAGAAAGGAAUCUGAAAGAAGAUAUCCUUCAAUGCUAA